AUGGCUGCCCAAGCGAAUGAUGAAAUCUCAACAGUUCAGGAGCAGCGCCAUGAACAAGCUACACGUUCAAAGGCAGUUGAGUUUUUGACUAGCCAUGCGACUGAGACUCCGUUCACCUACGAAGAGGAGAAAGCCGUUCUCCGUCGUAUCGACAAGCGAAUCCUCGUCCUUCUUCUGUGGGCGUAUUUCUUCCAACAGCUUGAUAAAAGUUCCAUAAGUUAUGUCUCCAUUUUCGGUCUGCAAGAAGAUGCUCAUCUAGUCGGCCUACAAUAUUCCUGGCUUGGGUCUAUUCUCUACCUUGCACAAUUGAUAAUGCAACCUCUUGUGGCGCUAAUUUUGGUGAAACUCCCCACCGGAAAAGUCCUCGCCAGUGCCAUUUUCCUCUGGGGAUCAGCACUUACCAUUAUGGCCGCUUGCACUGAUUUCCCCUCGCUUCUCGGAAUGCGCUUCGUCCUUGGCUCAUUCGAGUCCUGCAUUGCACCCUGUUGUGUUGCUAUCACACAGAUGUGGUGGCGUCGUGGUGAACAGACUUUGCGUGUCAGCUACUGGAAUGCAAUGAAUGGCCUGACCUCCAUCAUUGGUAGUCUUCUCACCUACGGUCUUGGACACAUCCACAGCAAGAAUUUAUAUCGGUAUCAGACGAUCUUCAUGUUCUGUGGUCUUUUGACAGUAGCUUACUCUCUUCUCGUUUUCUGGUUAAUGCCUGAUUCCCCGAUGGAAGCCAAGUGUUUCAGUGAGCGGGAGAGACUCAUUGCCACAGAGAGACUACGUGCCAACCAGAUGGGUAUCUCCAACCAGGAAUGGCGAUGGGAUCAUGCUCGAGAGGUUCUCUUUGACCUCAAGACUUGGUGCUGGUUCUUCUCGAUUAUAACUAUCUCUAUUGCAAGCGGAGGCAUCUCGAGCUUCGGUUCUCUGAUUGUAAAGUCAUUCGGAUUUGACAGCUUCCAAACAAUCUUAUUCAAUAUUCCCUUCGGAGUCAUUCAGAUUCUGGCUAUCUUAAUCACUGGAUGGCUAGCCACAUGGACCCAACGUAAGGGUCUCGUUAUAGCCGGAGCCAGCGUACUGCCGAGCGCCGGAGCCAUCAUGAUGCUUACUGUCCCGCGACACAACAAGGGAGCCCUACUCUUCGGCUACUACUUGGUCUCUACAAUGGCAUCUAUCACCCCACUGAUAUAUGCCUGGCAAGCACAAAAUACCGCAGGUGACACCAAAAAGAAGUGUACCUCUGGUAUGGUAUUUAUCGGCAUGUGUGCUGGCAAUGUUAUUGGACCGCUUCUUUACUCUACCGAGGAGGCACCAUUAUACCGAACGGGUCUUAUAGCCAACCUUGCCAUGUUUGUCACUGUUGGUACCAUCGCUGGUCUCACUCCUUUCUAUCUCAUGUACCUGAAUAAGAAGCACGAGAAGCGACGCGUGGAACUCGGGAAAGUCGGCCCCGUGGCUGAUAUGUCUAUGCUGGACAAGGACCAGCGGAAAGAGACCAAGACAGUUGAGCUGGAGGAUAUUCGGGAUCAAAAGGUCUCGGUGGAAGAAGACAACGGUUUGCAGGACAUGACCGACCUGAAGAACGAAGACUUCGUCUAUGUUUAUUAG